AUGUCUUCUUCAGGUCCUAGAAAUCAACCAGAUACCAAACUCUAUACAAAGGUUGCCGGUACACAGUUUUACUUGGAUCCCACCUACCAUGAAAGCCACAUACUUCAAAAAGAAUCAGAUCCCACCUACCAUGAAAAACAAUUUCUGAUGAGUUCUGUCCGGCAAUACCAUGAAACGGAACCACACAAGUACACCGCCAAACUGUUGAAUGUUGUAGAUUACCUCAAACACAUUGACAAUACAUGUAAUUUACUCUUAAAACUUGCUAAGGUGCUAAUCUCCGGCAUGAUAAACUUUCCGGUGAGGAGGCAGACGGCAGGGAGAUUGAUUGGAGCUGAUCCUUUGAAAGCGGGGCUGUGCCGACUGAAAAAGAUCUCGACUGAGCCCAGGGCCCACCGGAGGACUUGGUUUAGACGAUCCGAGAGAUUGAUUGGAGCUGAUCCUUUGAAAGCGGGUCGUUUUGGCAUACAGUAUAUCGACCUCCAUCCACGGCAACAACAGUGA